AUGUCAAAUGAUAUACCCACUCGAGUUUCUGUCUUAGCACCUUCGCAUAUGCAGUCUUCUAAUAGUAUUACAACUAGUACAAGCUCAGCAUCCAUGAUAUUCAAUCAAACUGCUUCUCCUAGCGCUGCUUUUGAACAAGUAUCUGGAAAACCUAAUUCUGGUAAUUCAGGGAUAGUUGGGCUUGCCAUUGGAUUACCAAUUGGUAUAUUUUGUAUUUGUCUAAUACUAGUUAUGCUAUAUUUCUACUUUAAAAAAUCGCAUGCUCAAAAAAUGAGUCAGUUUUAUUCACCAAGAAACAUAAAUAAUAACAGUCAGACCCCACAUAGUAAUUGGAUUUCAGAAUUUUUAUAUGGUAAUAAUACCCCAUUAUAUUCAUCAAAGGGACUAUAUCCAAUGACUGGAAAGGAUUGGGCACCACAUGAAGGUGUCUCAGCGAAAAUUAAAUAUCAUAUUUCUCAACCAGUUAUACCGGAAGAACAUAUUCAAUCACCCAGAGAUAUCAUAUCUAAAGAAAAAAAUAAAGAGAUUAAUCAAAAUAUGUAUCUAAAUAACACUAGUCAUAUAUCAAAGAAAUUUAUCAGAACACCCAGAACAAUAACAGGACAAUAUCUGCCAUCUGAGUUACCUCUUGAAUUAGAAAAAACAGAAGAAUCUUUAGAUAUGACCAUGGCUAGGUGGUUUCAAAAUGGUACUACAUAUAUUAAAAACUAUUCAUUUGCUUUACCAACAGCUUUAAAAACGCCAACUAUUCAAUUGAAAAAAAUGAAUUUUUUGAAUAAUAUAGAGAAGGGAUUUGUUGAUCUUGAAAAGGAUCAAUAUUAUGAUGAACGAUCUCCGAUACUAAGUGAGGCGGAUACAAAUAUCCCUUCAAAGUAUGAUAGUCUAUUUAAAAAUGAUAACAUUAGCUCUCUUGAAGUUUCUACUAAACACGAGUCUAUAACAUAUGGUACGAUAAAAGAGCAAGUUUUAGAAAUCGCAACCCCUAAAAAUGCCAAAAUGGGGCAUUUAAUAGAUACUAAUAUAAUAGAUGUUAAAAAUAUACCAAAGAAGAAGAAGAAAAGUAAAAGAAGAAAAAAAUAUUUAGAGUCAAAACCAUUACCAUUGACACCAAAUUCAAAAUUAAUUAAGGAUAAUAAUGAUAACAAUAAUAAUAGCGAAUUUAAAGAAAUUAAAAAAAGCAUAGUAGGAACUGAUGAAUUCAAGCCUGGCGCUGUCUGCCGAGUAGUAGAAGAAUAUUCACCAAUACUAAAAGAAGAAAUUCAUUUGUAUGUCGGAGAAUUUGUAAAAAUAUUAACCACGCAUACUGAUGGUUGGUGCAUAGUGGAAAAAUGUCAUUUUGAUGGAUCCACUAAAACUUUAAUUAAUUUUGAAAAAACAGAUAUUUCAGGAAUGGACUAUUUAAAUGAAGAUAGGGGGAUUGUUCCUGGUAAGGUAUUAAGGAAGUAUAAUCCUGGGGCUGUGUAA